GGGGGUAGAAGCGGCAUUGCCUGAGGACUGGAGACGAGGGUGCAUGCAGAGUUCAAGCGCCACUCGGGCUGCGCACAAUGGACGACGAAAGCAUUAAGAGGUGCCCGGAACCACCUGAGCCAGCUGAAGAUAAGGACCAGCGAACUGUGACCAUCAAUCCUUGUCACAUGGGAAAGGCAUUCAAAGUCAUGAAUGAAUUAAGGAGCAAGCGGCUUCUCUGCGAUGUGGUGAUUGUUGCUGAAGAUGUUGAGAUUGAAGCCCAUCGUAUUGUCCUAGCAGCCUGCAGUCCUUAUUUCUGUGCAAUGUUUACAGGAGAUAUGACUGAAAGUAAAGCAAAGAAGAUUGAAAUCAAAGAUGUCGAUGGGCUGACAUUAAGUAAGCUGAUUGAUUACAUCUAUACAGCUGAGAUAGAAGUGACAGAAGAGAACGUUCAGGUAUUGUUGCCCGCAGCUAGCCUACUGCAAUUAAUGGAUGUCCGACAAAACUGUUGCGAUUUUCUUCAGUCUCAGCUGCAUCCCACAAAUUGCCUUGGAAUCCGGGCCUUUGCAGAUGUGCAUACUUGCACUGAACUACUGCAACAGGCCAACGCCUAUGCAGAGCAGCACUUCCCUGAGGUGAUGCUUGGCGAAGAGUUUCUCAGCCUUAGCUUGGACCAAGUUUGCAGUUUGAUAUCUAGUGACCAGCUCACAGUUUCGUCAGAGGAAAAGGUGUUUGAGUCUGUCAUUUCUUGGAUAAAUUAUGAGAAGGAUUCCCGCUUGGAACACAUGGCAAAGCUGAUGGAGCAUGUUCGUCUUCCUCUCUUGCCCAGAGAUUACCUUGUACAGACGGUUGAAGAAGAAGCUUUAAUCAAGAAUAAUAAUACAUGUAAAGACUUCCUUAUUGAGGCCAUGAAAUAUCACUUACUUCCUCUGGAUCAAAGGCAACUAAUAAAGAAUCCUAGAACAAAGCCAAGGACACCGGUCAGUCUGCCAAAGGUCAUGAUUGUAGUGGGUGGGCAAGCGCCCAAAGCCAUUCGGAGUGUAGAGUGUUACGACUUUGAAGAGGAAAGAUGGGAUCAGGUAGCUGAACUUCCUUCUCGAAGGUGUAGAGCAGGAGUGGUGUUCAUGGCAGGCAAAGUGUACGCCGUGGGAGGUUUUAAUGGCUCUUUACGAGUCCGAACAGUAGAUGUAUACGAUGGCGUGAAAGACCAGUGGAUAUCAAUAGCCAGCAUGCAAGAAAGACGGAGCACUUUAGGGGCCGCUGUGCUAAACGAGCUCCUUUAUGCUGUUGGAGGAUUUGAUGGAAGUACAGGGCUGGCAUCUGUGGAGGCCUACAACUAUAAAACAAAUGAAUGGUUCUUUGUGGCACCCAUGAAUACAAGAAGGAGCAGUGUUGGAGUUGGCGUUGUGGAAGGGAAGCUGUAUGCUGUUGGUGGUUAUGAUGGAGCAUCACGUCAGUGCCUUAGUACUGUGGAGCAGUAUAACCCAGCUACAAAUGAGUGGACCUACGUGUCAGAUAUGAGUACUCGGCGCAGUGGUGCAGGUGUCGGUGUCCUCAGCGGUCAGUUGUAUGCUACAGGGGGACAUGAUGGUCCUCUAGUGAGGAAGGGCGUGGAAGUAUAUGAUCCUGGAACAAAUACUUGGAGACAAGUGGCCGACAUGAAUAUGUGUAGAAGAAAUGCAGGAGUGUGUGCAGUCAAUGGGCUUCUCUACGUGAUUGUAUCCAUGGUGCAAAAGCGUUGCUGUAAUCCACAAACCAUUGUGACACAUGCUGAAGUGAGUGCAGGGAAGAGAAAUGAAUGCCUGUCUAGCUUGGUGGCUUUUGGAAGAUACAGAUACCUGACUGUUAGCCAGUGCAUUAAUAUUGCACUUGGUGGCACAACAGGAGUUCAGAAAAUCCGAAGUCCAUCUAUUUUUCAAGGGGGUCAGGGACCAAGAGAGUAUGUUCUGAAAUAUCAACAAAGUUUGCCACCAGUUCCAGAAGCACCUAAAGCAGCAUCCAGUGCCGAGUCUUCUAAGCCCCGUGAUGUGCCAAAGUUCAGGGCUUUUGAGCAAGUAGAACUUCAUAAUAUCAAGCUAGAUGGCCAGCAGACUGUCCGGAAAAUAAUGUG